AUGCGUCGCUUCCUCUCCGUGCUUGCCGCCCUGUCGGCUUGCAUCUCCGCCGCCGCCGCCCUCCCGCAUCCCAGUGUCCUGCCCCGUGCCGAUGGCCACGGGAAGCCACGGUACUCGGUCGUGCCUCUUGAGCCCGGCGAUGGCGCGCCCGGUCAGGAAAGCCAUGUCAGCUCCGGCCCCGUCACCAAGACGGUGUUCAAGACGGAGAGCCCUGUCACGCGCGUCAUUGUCAAGACGGAGAACCCGGUCACGCGCGUCAUUGUCGAGACGGGGAGCCCGGUCACGCGCGUCGUUGUCAAGACUGCCGAACCCCAGACCGUCACAAAGUCGGUCCCGCUGCCCGCAGCGGAAUCCCUCCCCGCCGCGAGCCAUGGGGCCACGAUAAUUGUCUCUGUGUGCCCGGGCGCUUCCUCCAGCUCCGCAGCGGGCCCUGCCACUACGCCUCCGGCUCCCACUCCUCCUCCCGGCGCCGCGCCCUCGUCCCCUGCCUGCGAGGAAGCUACUCUGUUCGCCUCGUCCCUCGCCUCGAGAGAUGGGCCUCUCAUCGACGUGCCUCCGCCAACCUCUGUCCUCGUCAUGGCGCCAACCACAUUGAGCACCGCUGUGUCCACUCCACAGCCCUGGUUGCCGUCGCCGCCUCCAUCGCCAUCGUCAGCGGUCCCAGACUGGGACAGCCAGGUGCCAACAGCCUAUCCAGCCUGGAACGGAACCGGCGCCUAUCGAAACCGCCGGUCGUGA